AUGGCCGACAGAAACAGUCCACCAUCGCCCCCGGCUGCGAGACCGAGAGCUCCGACCAUUACAAUCGACACGGCUGUCGAGGAGCCUCCGCACAAUUCUGCAGAAUCAUCGCAGCAGUCGCAGCCGCAGUCGCCUCAGAUCAACGAGCCUCCGAAUCUCACCCAGGCGGCCAGCCACGACCUGCGAGCAGGGGGAGCCGCCCAACUCCCCGGACUUCACAUCCAGACGUCGUUUGACAGCAAACGCAGCCUUCCCACCAGCCCCCACAACGUCUCGAGCCCGACGCACUCCAUCAACCGCGACGGCGACCACCCCUUCCUCGAGGUCCCGGGCAACCGACGCGCCAAGGAUGACUCGAUUGACUCAGCAGAUGUGCCCCCCAGCAUCUCCUCGCAGGGCAACAUGACGGCCGUCACGUCCAACACGGCUUCGGACCAGGCCAAGAAGACGCCGCGCAACGAGGUCAUUAUGCACGACACGUCCGCCCUCGAUCCCGAUGUCGGCACCGAGCACCUCUUCCACGUCGACAACAACCCUUUCGCCUUCACCCCCGGCCAGCUCGUCAAGAUGUACGAUCCCAAGUCCCUCGCCGCCUUCUACCGUCUUGGAGGUCUCGAGGGCCUUGAAAAGGGCCUGCGCACCGAUCGCAAGGCCGGCCUGAGCAUCGACGAACAACGCCUCGACGGGCGCGUCAGCUUCGAGGAGGCCACGGGUGAGGCCAGCCUCGAUGCUGCUGCCCCUGCUGCCCCUACUGCCGAGACCACGCCCUUGUCUCUCCCCCGAGCUGCUACUGCCGCCGCGAGCGGUUCCGCCAAGCAAUUCGAGGACCGCCUCCGCGUCUUUCACGACAAUCGCAUCCCCGAACGCAAGGGUAAGAACCUGCUCCAGCUCAUGUGGCUCACCAUGCAGGACAAGGUCCUGGUCCUCCUCAGUGUUGCCGCCGUCGUCAGCCUUGCCGUCGGCCUCUACCAGGCGCUGUCGCAGAAGCCGAGGAGCGGGAGGCGGGCUGCUGGCGAUGACGGGCCCUCGAUCGAAUGGGUCGAGGGCGUCGCCAUCAUGGUCGCCAUUGCCAUCGUCGUCCUCGUCGGAUCCCUCGUGGACUGGAGCAAGGAGAGGCGUUUCGCCAAGCUCAACCAGAAGAAGCAGGACCGCUUCGUCAAGGCGAUACGCUCCGGCAACACGACCGAGGUGUCCGUCUACGACCUGAUGCCCGGCGACGUCGUCUACAUCGAACCCGGUGACAUGAUCCCUGCCGACGGUGUCCUGAUUGAAGGCUUCAACGUGACGUGCGACGAGUCUCAGGCCACGGGAGAGUCAGACCUGAUCCGCAAGCGAUCCGGCGAUGACGUCUUCUACGCCAUCCAGAACAACGAGGAGCUCAAGAAGAUGGAUCCCUUCAUACAGUCUGGUGCCCGCGUCACCGAGGGCGCCGGCACCUACCUCGUCACCUGCACCGGUGUCCACUCGUCAUACGGCAAGAUCCUCAUGUCGCUCAACGACGAGCCCGAGAUGACACCGCUCCAGCACAAGCUCAACGUCAUCGCCAUCUGGAUUGCCAAGUUUGGUACCGCCGCCGCUAGCCUCCUGUUCGUCGUCCUGUUCAUCAAGUUCUGCGUCAGGCUGCCCAAGCUCGGACCCGACGUCACGCCGGCCGAGAAGGGGCAGAUGUUCAUCGACAUCUUCCUCGUAGUCGUCACCAUCAUCGUCGUCGCCGUCCCCGAAGGCCUGCCCCUCGCCGUCACCCUCGCCCUCGCCUACGCCAUGGUCCGCAUGGUCAAGGACAACAACCUCGUCCGCCACCUCAAGGCCUGCGAGGUCAUGGGAAACGCCACCUGCAUCUGCUCUGACAAGACCGGUACCCUGACCCAGAACGUCAUGCACGUCGUCGCAGGCACCUUUGGUGUCCAUCACCGGUUCGGUGGGGUUCUCGGGGAGGGGGAGGCGAGGUCAGCUUCGGCAAGCGACAACGGCGGCGACGACGCCAAGUCUCCGCAGAAGUGCGUCUCGCAGCUCAGCGAGGCGACCCGUUGCAUCUUGAUCGAGUCCAUCGCACUCAACUCUACAGCAUUCGAGGGCGAGCAGGACGGCGAGAUGCGCUUCAUCGGAUCCAAGACGGAGACGGCCCUGCUGCUGUUCGCUCGCGACCUCGCCGGCAUGGGACCCGUGCAGGAGCUGCGGGAGGGCGCAACGACGCUGCAGCUGCUGCCCUUCGACUCGGGACGCAAGGCCAUGGGCGUCGUGGUCAAGCUGCCGGACGGUGGGGCGCGGCUGUACGUCAAGGGAGCUUCGGAGAUCAUACUGGGCAAGUGCGGGUCGAUGCUGGGAGACCCGACCAAGGACGCGUCGACGACCAGGAUGGACCCCGAGGACAUGAAGAGCGUCUCGGCCCUCAUCGACCAGUACGCGUCGCGGUCGCUGCGCACGAUUGGCGUGGCGUACCGCGACUUCUCGUCAUGGCCGCCGCGCGAGGGCCGCCGGUCCGAGAACAAUCCCGCCGAGGUGGACAUGGAGAGCUUGUUCGAGGACCUGACGUUCAUCGCCAUGGUGGGUAUCCAGGAUCCUCUGCGUGCCGGAGUACCGGAGUCGGUCGCGCUGUGCCAGAAGGCCGGCGUGACGGUGCGGAUGGUGACCGGCGAUAACAAGCUGACGGCGCAGGCCAUCGCCAGGGAGUGCGGGAUCCUCCAACCCGGCGGCGUGGUCAUGGAGGGGCCCGAGUUCCGCAACCUGAGCCGGCAGCAGCAGGAAGAGGUCGCGCCGCGUCUACAGGUGCUCGCGCGGUCGAGCCCGGAGGACAAGAGAAUUCUGGUGCGCCUUCUCCGCGACCGGAACGAGAUAGUGGCGGUGACGGGUGACGGGACCAACGACGCGCCGGCUCUCAAGACGGCCGACGUAGGCUUCUCGAUGGGCCAGUCAGGCACCGAGGUGGCCAAGGAGGCGUCGUCCAUCAUCCUCAUGGACGACAACUUUGUCAGCAUUGUCAGCGCUCUGAAGUGGGGCCGGGCCGUCAACGACGCCGUCAAGCGCUUCCUGCAGUUCCAGCUGACGGUCAACGUGACGGCGCUCACCCUGGCGUUCGUGACGGCCGUGUCCAGCGACGACGAGGAAUCGGUCCUCACAGCUGUCCAGCUGCUCUGGGUCAACCUCAUCAUGGACACGCUCGCGGCCCUCGCGCUCGCCACGGACCCGCCCCAGCACAGCAUCCUCGACAGGAAACCCGAGCCUCGGACCGCAUCCAUCAUCACGACGUGCAUGUGGAAGAUGAUUCUUGGACAGGCAAUGUACCAGCUGCUCAUCACCUUUCUGCUCUAUUACGGAGGCCCCAACGGUGUGCUGCCCCUGGACUACCAGCCUUCCAGCAAGGAGAUCUCUACCUUGGUGUUUAACACGUUCGUCUGGAUGCAAAUCUUUAACCAGUGGAACAAUCGCCGCCUGGACAACAACCUCAACAUCUUUGAAGGGAUCCUGCAGAACCCGUAUUUCAUCGCCAUCAGCACCCUCAUCAGCGGCGCACAGGUCAUCAUCAUCUUCUUCGGCGGCGCAGCCUUCUCGAUCUCGUCGGACGGGCAGUCGGGAGCCAUGUGGGGCAUCGCACUCGUGCUCGGCUUCAUUUCGAUUCCUGUGGGCGUGCUGAUCCGGUUCGUCCCGGACUCGUUCGUGUCGGCCCUGGUACCUGGGUUCGUCAAGAGGCGCGUGGCAGCCUCGGCAGCGGCCUCGUCCUCGUCCUCUUCCUCGCCGGCCUCGCCGGACGGCAAGACGCCCGGUCUCAAGGUGUCGGACGAGGAGCUGGGCCGUCUGUACCCGGAGCCCCUGCUCGAGCUCCGCGACGAGCUGAAGUUCAUGCGCCGGAUGAGGGGCGGUCGGCUCAACCAGCUCACCUUCGCGGUCAGGCACCCCGCCGAAGUGAUGCUGCCCAGGUCGAGGAGCAACGCGUCGAGGUCGAGGUCGAGGUCGAACUCAGUCCAGCCGCCCGCCACGCUGAACGACAACGACGGCGCUCACGAUGCGGGCGAAUCCGGUGGUGCCGAGGCGCCUAGCUCCACGACGCCAGAGCCGAGGAGGUCGAGAUCGAUGAGGUCGAGAUCCAAUUCUGCGCUCGGUGCGCCCACCGUCAUGGCGGGUAUCGUCGCUGCCGGCGUGGCAGCUGGAUGGUCACCGGUCUCUCAGCAGCAUCAAGGGCAGUGGCCUACCUCACCUUCUUCGUAUUCGAAUAAAGGCAUAGACUGA